AUGUCCAACAUCACCCCCGUCAAAAAGACCUUCUUAGCCGCGCCUUAUUUUGCUGUUGUCGGCGCGUCGAAGGAUACCACCAAGUAUGGAACAAGAAUUCUCAAAUGGUACCAGGCUCGUACAUUUAAUGUCACGCCAGUUCACCCCAAAGAAAAAGAAUUGGAAGGACUGUCUACCAUCCCCACUAUCGGUGAAUUGCCUUCACCAAAGGAGACCAGUAUUUCUAUUAUAACCCCUCCAAAGGUUACCCUCUCAAUUUUGCAGCAGGCUAAAGACCUUGAAGUUCCUGCACUUUGGCUCCAACCUGGAGCGGAAGAUGAUGCCGUUAUUGACUAUGUCAAGGCGAAUGGUCUAGAGGACAAAGUAAUCUAUGGAGGACCUUGUCUUCUUGUUGAGGGAGAUGACAUUGCUCGCAGUUUCAACUCUACUAUUUCUGCGGCAUGGUACACAGGCUGGCAUGCGACAGAUUUUCCACUAUCCAAUGUUAGCUGGUCGAAAUACACUCACUUAACUUAUGCAUUUGCUAUCACAACCCCAGACGUCAACAUCCUCUCUUUGGAUUCCUCGGACGUCAAGCUGCUCCCGCAAUUUGUUUCCUUGGCUAAACAACAUGGUGUGAAAGCCAGCAUUUCUAUAGGUGGCUGGACCGGUUCCCGCUAUUUUUCUUCGAACGUGAGGACAGCCACUAAUCGGACAGCGUUCGUAAAAACUGUCACUUCCCUGGCCGAAAAAUACAACCUUGAUGGUGUGGAUUUCGACUGGGAGUUUCCAGGUAUACAGGGUAUUGGAUGUAACCUUGUUGAUCCCAACGACACCAAUAACUUCCUUGCUUUCCUCCAUGAACUUCGCAACACACCAACGGGGAAGAAUCUUAUUCUUUCUGCCGCGACUUUCGAUACUCCAUGGGUGGAUUCCACGGGCUUGCCAUCGAUGAACAUCUCUGAAUUCAGUCAAGUGUUGGAUUAUAUCGCCAUCAUGAAUUAUGAUGUUAAGUCCAACGCCUCCGUAGGAGCUGGUCCAAGUUCACCUUUGGACGAUUCAUGUGCACCUGUUGGGGCGCGCUUUGGCUCUGCUGUCUCAGCGGUCAAAGACUGGACAUCUGCAGGGAUGCCCGCGCACCAAAUUGUCCUCGGUGUACCUGCUUAUGGCCAUUCGUUUGUUGCUGCCAUUCCUUAUCUUGGAGGUUCCAAUACGACGCUCCAGAACCCACAAUUUCUGUAUUAUCCCCCCUAUGCUGUCAAUGCGUCACGCCGUGGUGAUAGGUGGGACGGUGAUGGCGGAUUAGACGUCUGCGGUGUUUUGGAAGGCCCUGGUGGCAUCUAUACUUACUGGGGUUUGAUGGAGGAGGGCUUCUUGAACCAAGAUGGCUCAGUGAAAGAUGGUAUUCUAUCCCGUUUCGAUAAUUGCAGUCAAACACCUUCCCUGUAUAACAAGACAAGUGGUAUUUACGUCUCGUAUGAUAAUGCGCAGUCGUUCGCCAUCAAAGGCGGUUUCAUCCAAGCGGCCGGUUUAAAGGGGUUUGCGAUUUGGGAAGCGGGUGGGGACUUCAAUGACACUUUACUGGAUUCUAUUCUGAAUGCGACCCAGAAUGGCGGGCCAAACUUGGUCUCGUCGUGGAACACGACUCAAGGAGGCAAUAAUCUGCCUCAUUCCUCUGGCUUCUCAGAGCGCCUCGAGGGCGCACAAGCGGUGUGGCAUGCCCUGUUGUUCUUGGUGGUCAUCGCGCUUUACGCCUCGUAA